UUUGGCUGGUACUGAGUGUUCGCGAAAUUUGUUGUACAAUAAUUCUUUUGAAUAUAAGACAUGAAAACCAUUUAAAAUUAAUACAAUAGUGAUUAAACAUGAGUGUAAGGUACUAUCACACAAGUUUCUUGCGCCAAUUGGCCUCACGAGACGUCACCAUCUACGAGCAAUUGUUGCUGUUUGCACGGAAUCAGCCACAAUUCUUGGCUAACGUGAGUCGUCUGCAAAAACCGGCUCUUGAAGCGACGGUCUAUGUGCUGAUUUUGGAACUGAAUAAAAGAAACACUUCCGUUCAGUCAAGGACGGAACCCCAACCGAUAAUCGGAAUGCGCGAGGUUUUAGAGCUGAUUGAGCAAAAUCAUCUGUACUUGCAAAAGAACGAGGAAUGCCUGGGAUUGUUACUGAACAUACUGGGGUUGGUAGCCGCGCUGGAAGAAGACGACGCAAGCUGUUGCCGAAACGUUGAGCUCUUCGUUAACAAAUUCCAAAAAGAUUUCUUUGAGUUGCCGUUAUUUUAUGACAUUCUUAGGACAUUGUUGAUUGUGGCUUUAGAGAAGGAGCAACUGCAACAGGCAUUUCAUCAGUUGAAUAUUAAAGCAUUAGUGAGGAAUCUUUAUUCGGAGUCACAUCAGAUACGAAUGAAAUCGUUGGCAUGUUUACAACUGUUGAUGAACAGACAAGGAGUCAUUGAAGAAUGGCAUCGAGCUAUUGUGAAUGGCAGACGAAGUAUAUCUCAAGAGCAUUGUAGUUUCAUGCUCUGCCAUCUAAUUGAAGCCUUGAUCCAGAGGAAAGAUUGUAACGAUUCAAUCCAAAUAAUCAUACAAUCAUUAGAUACAUGGAAGAUCAUUAAAUCUAAUUGCAAAUCAAAAGAUCAGUUGAUCAGGAAGGAAGCUAUGUCUGUAAUUAAGAAUAUUCUAGCCUUUUUGAACGACAUCUCCGAAUACAGCACUUCAAAUGAUUUGUUCGAGUGGAACAAUAACAACGCCAGAAGUGUAACCGAAGCAUGGCAGUGCUAUGUAACGAUAGUUGAGACUUUGAGCGAAACGCAAACCCAUUUGGUAAUGCCAGCUUUGCCUUUGAUUGAAAAAUUGGGCGUCAUUCCAGUUGAUUGGAAGCAUUCAGUUCUGGAAUUGAUCUUAACACAUGACAAUUCGGCUGUAGCCGGAUGGGGGAUCGAUUACCUACUCAGAAAGAGCAAAUUCGAUGGACGUCGCCAAUUGUUGGAAGAAGCGCUGCUGCUAGCACUGAACAAGACGACAGUGUUUCAGGAUUUUAAUGAGAUGAAGCGUCUUCUGGUUCAGUAUUUUUCGGGCAAAAAAGGAUGCUCAUUUUUACUGUCCAAUUUCAAGAAUGCAUCGUGGGGAUCUGUACCCUUUAUGUGUUUGCUGGAAGUCUUGGAUUGUCUACUUGAAUCAACCACUGAAGUGUACAACUUGAAUGAAUCAAUCAACAGUUUAGUUGAUCAAAGUUUGGCAAUCAAGAAUUUAAAUAUCAGAGGCCUAGCAUCAUUACAACUCUCCCGAAUGCUGCUUAAGCUGACUCUCAGAAAAGAUUUGAGUGAAAAGAUUUCUGUGGUUGAAGUCAUAUUUAAUUUGAAUACCCUUUCGAGGGUAACCAAGCAAAGCUUUUCGGAUUUUAGUGACUGGAAUCAAUUAGUACACCUUAUAGAUGGAGAGUCCUUCCAGUGGAUACUAAGUAAAGUGGAGUAUUCCGAUGAGAACGUAAUUAGGGGUGUGAUUAUUCCCUAUGUACAAGAGAAUCUAUUAUUGACAGAACACGGAUUGAAGCAAAUUUACGAUCAAGAUUUGCUCCUGGCUGUAAGGAUUCAACGCUACGGAGAUUUGUUGUUCAACAUAAAUGAAUUGAUCUGCAAGCUUGAAGAUUUGUUUAUGACCUUCAACCAAAACUCAGAAACUGCACUCAAAUCGCUGGAUAUAUACAAAGAACUCGUACAAAAUACACAUCUCUCAUCAUUAGUUGAACAACAGAAACAGAAGCUCAUAGACAUUUUACAAAAACGAAUAGAUCGACUGUCUUAUCAUUCUCCAGGCAUUGCUAUUACGGUGCAGUUGGUGCAUAUUGUUGCCCUUCUCAAUCGAGUAGAUGUGGUUGAUCAAUUCUUAGCUUCCUUCACAUUGGAGGAAUUGAUAAAAACAAUACAUACGGACAAUAGAGACAAAAGUUUAUAUGGAUCUGUUUUCAAUACUUUGAGUGACAUUUUUCUGCUCAAAUUGAAGAACAAUACUGGUAACUUAUCGACCAAACUUCAGAUAAUUGAAGACUACCCAAAACUGAUUGACAUUGGGGACGUACAUGUGUUGUUCAACACUCUGGAAAUUGUUGCGGAGACAUUCAAGAUCGGGGCGAAAAAUUUGAACGAGGAGAAAGAUUUCGACGAUCUUAAGUCUGUGGUGGACAGGUGUUAUAAAGAGAUACUUAUCUAUCGCAAAUCAGAUCACUUUAUGAAAUUGAUGAAAACAUUCGUAAUCACCGUUUUGACUCCAUUUACGGGAAGUGUUGAAUUUGAUGACGGAUGUAGUCGAUGGCUGAAAGAUGUCGUAACUGAGUAUUUUCUGAUGUUCUUGGAGCAAGCAACGGUCAUUGGAGGAUUGGCGAAUGUGUUGUUUGAGAAAGUGCUAUUGCUGUCGAUCGAAACAUUGCUGGAAUGGAAUGCAUUUGGAAAGUUGCUUCUUGCGGGUUUGGUUUUUGGAGAUGGCCAAAAACGAGAGCAGAGGAUCGAAGAUGAAACAUGUGUAGCCAGCCAAUUCUUUGAUACAUUACUCUACACACCAACAACCCCACUUCAAUCGGAUGCUCGAGUUCGUAUACUUUGCGUCUUGUUUCUUUACCGUUUAGCCAGAACCAAUCACCCGGAUGUAACCCUCUUCCUUCUGAAGCUAGAGCGAAUGCUGGUGGAAAAGUUUCAACAAAUAACUAAAUCCAAGGAGCGCUAUUACGCCGACUCGCAAACACACCGCCACAAACUGCGAAUAAUCCAAGCUCUUUGCGUGGUCGUCAAGCUAACGGGAACCAAACCGUACUCCCUGCUGGAAAUCGUCCUGUACGAGACGAAUCAACCGAACAUAAAUUACCUCAUCGAACUGAUCCUCGCUGAUUCCUCGAUCGAUACGCUCACCAUAAUCAACUCGCUCAAAAACGACAAAGUUAAGGUGUCGGGGGUACAGUCGGUGUUCGUCAUUUUGUGGUUGCGAUGCUGUAAAACCAACUACCUCGAUGCCGAAUACAUUAACUUCUUGCUGCCAUGGACCAUGGCACAAAACUUUUCCACACGUCUGUACGCGCAAAUUACUAUCUCCAAAUUAUUGGAAAAGUUCUACGAGAAGCCAAACAGACCGGAUCAGUGUCCAUUCAGUAACAUCUUCUGUGCCAUCAAUAGUUACCUCAAGCAGGGCAACGUGGAGAAGAACCUGGAGAAAUGUAUGAAGGAUUUCCGCUUCAACAGUAUCUUCGAUUACGACAACCUGCUGACGUUGGAAAAUGUGUUCAACAAUAUUCCCAGAGUGUCCAGGAUGGCCUCGGAAGAUGUGGUCUCUACCAAAGUACUGAAGGAGUGCUUCGAAGUGUUGCAGUUGAACGAAAAUAACCUGGGCGUGGCCGUGGAAUUCGAUGAGUUGACCAGCGAGAAAAAGGAGAAUCUUUUUCUCAAUCAGGGCUUCGGCGGUUCGGAUCAUAUUCAGAAAAAGAUUGUACCGCUGAAGUGUUUGGAGCCGGCGUUAGAACUAUUGACGAACUUGCCGGAGAAGUUUUGCUUGAAAAAGAAGGAUAACUUGGAAGGGAUGAUAGUUGUCGCCAGUUUAGUCAACAGGCCACCCAACCUAGGUGGCCUAGCUCGAAGUAGUGAAAUAUUCGCUGUAACGCAGUUUAUCGUCAAUUCUUUGAAGGAUUUAGAGAACAAAGAGUUUCAAGCCUUGAGUAUGACGGCCGAAAAGUGGCUGAACAUUGGGGAGCUGAAAUCCUUUCAGAUUGUGGACUAUCUUCUGGAGAUGAAAUCCAAAGGCUAUUCUAUUGUUGGUGCGGAGCAAACGACCGGCAGCCGACCAAUACAGAAGAUUAAGUUUCCGAAGCGGUCAAUUUUGGUGCUGGGGCAUGAGAAAGAAGGUUUACCGGCGCAAAUCAUCUCGCAUCUGGAUAUAAUUGUCGAAAUUCCUCAAUUUGGUGUGGUGCGUUCAUUGAAUGUUCAUGUAACUGGUGCUAUUUUUAUGUGGGAAUAUGCUAAACAGCAUCACGUGAUUGAUUGUUGACGAAUGUUUUAUAGUUGAUUUGAAAUAGAAAUACGUAUUACAAUGA